AUGCCCGUUACCGAGUUGUCGCGCCUGACCCUCAAGAAAGAGCUUAAAGAAGAGCCGAAAACGGUUGUGAUCCGUGCCCUUUCGCGUGCGAAGAAGCUCAUGGAGGACUUUACGGGCCAUGACUUCCACCUCUAUCAAGAGAUCGAGAACGCGAAUCACAUAUACAUCCUUGGUCAGUGGGAGUCAGUGGAGCAGCACAUGAACGAAUGGAUACCGUCGGAGGCGAAUCAAGGGCUGUUGAAGGACCUAGUCUCCUUCGUUGAAGUAGAUUACCUGUUCCACCUCGACGUGUCUUUCGGUUCGAUUCCUCCCAGCGAGCAGGCUCCGAUAUUUAGCGUUGGACGGCAUGUCAUGGAGAGCGAAAAGCGAGCUGCUUUUGAGAGCACUUUCAACAAACGUAGGGGCGGCUUGGAGGCACAUGCUCCGGGUACUAUCAGCGGCGGGUGGCGCAUUGAGAAGGAGCAUGGCAGAGAAGAGUUUGUUCUCUUCGUCCCAUGGAAGGAUGUAGACCAACACAUGGCUUUCAAGAUGACCAAGGAGUUCGAAGAGUAUGCUGAAAUUCGGGAUCAUAUCUUGCUUGAUGCUACCGAAAUACGCCAUGUAGCACUUAUGGAGUUCCCUUCGCCAGCCACCCAGGACGAUGCUGCUUGA